AUGGGGCGCGGGACAUGUGAGGAGAUGACAAGAUGGCCGCCGAUCACCCGUCGUGGUGCCGAUCCUGGAAGAAGGCUGACGGGGCCCGGGGACACGAGUGAAGCACGACUGACAACACAUAUAAGACGCCGCAGACACAAAGACGAAGAGCUCGCCCCUGGGCAGGUGUCUGGCCCCACGCGGACUGGCUCGGGGCUGGACAAAUCAACUGCCCGCUUCCAUUGUGUCCUGGAAGAUGGAUGUGUGCGCGACGCCACCUUUGUCCCGUCGCUAAAGGUCCAAAGAGCUGUCACCUUCACUGUCUGCCAGUACACAAAAGAGCCGGCUUAA